AACAAUUUAACUCUUUGGCCUUUGUUUCUUCACUCAUGUUCAAAGAGUAUAAAAAUAUGUUUCACUUUUGUAAUUUUGUUCUGAAUGUUUUUUAAUGUUUUUGUUUUGAUGGGUAGUCCCAGGGUCCCAUCGAGAUCACAGAACCGAACACCCUGCAUCGACUGCCUCGACCAGAAAAAAAGGGUGGUCCGUGGUGGUUUUGGUGUGGUGUGGUGCACUCUGCACGGACGGUGGUGAAUAGUGGAUUUUCGUGGGAUUUUCAAACUAAAAAUAUUUAAAAAAUUAAAUUUUAUUGAAAUGUCUAUGAACUCGUAAGAUCUCAUCGCUUCACAGUUUAUUAUUUUUUAGGGCUGAGAGUUGAGAGCGUGGGAGGAUUAGACUUUCAAAAUGGAUAAUGAACUUUUAGAUAUCUCAACUAGUUUAUGGCUUCAAGUUGGAUACGGGAUCGGUCAUAUACUAAACGAUGUUUGUGCUAGUUUGUGGUUUACCUAUUUUUUAGUAUUUUUUCAUCUCGUGCUAGAAUUUUCGGCUUCUCAAGCUGGAUACUUAAUGUUAAUAGGGCAAGUUGUAGAUGCUUUGUUUACUCCUUUUAUUGGAUAUCAUUCUGAUAACACAAAUAACUAUUUAAGUGCACGAUAUGGGAGGAGGAAGCUGUGGCAUCUUUUUGGUACUGUAUGUGUACUAUUGUCAUUUCCAUUCAUCUUCAUGCAAUGCACCGGAUGUUCCACAUCAGAUAAAUGGGCACAGAUGUUUUAUUUUGCCGCCUUCAUAACAAUAUUUCAAAUUGGAUGGGCAUCUGUGCAGAUAUCACAUCUUAGCUUAAUCCCAGAGCUGGCUGAGGAUCCCCACAUAAGGACACAUCUCACUGCAAUCAGAUAUGGAUUUACAGUUUUCUCAAAUUUAUUUGUCUAUUUCAUCACCUGGAUAAUACUGCAUUUGACUGGAGAGUGUGACAAAGAACAAGUGGGACCAGCAGAUGUGUGGAAGUUCAGGAAUAUAAUGUUCAUAGUCCUGGCCGUGGGUACACUGGCAUCCAUUGUGUUCCACAUCACUGUGCCUGAGAAACAUCAGAGGGGUCAAAUACUGGCUUCCGAUAAUGAAACUAGCACUGUACACUGUGAUAUACUGCGCAAGGGGUUGUUGUAUCAGGUUGCAGGUAUAUACAUGAGCACAAGGCUCGUGGUGAACAUAUCCCAAGUCCUCAUACCCCUGUACCUGCACCGUACUUUAGGGCUGGCGGCACGGUCGCUGGCUGUGGUGCCUCUAGCCAUGUAUAUUGGGAGCCUGGCCGCAGCUGGCCUGCAGAGGUUGGCUCCGAGGUCCUUCACGAGAAAACUGAGCUAUCUAUUGGGUUGUGCCGGCGCAAUCAGUGGCUUGCUGUGGAUUUACUUGGAGUCUGAUGAUAUUUUCAAAGAAUAUUUUAUCUAUGUAGUUGCUGUGUUAAUAGGUUUCGGAGGAGCUCAGAUGCUGGUCACCAGCCUGUCGCUGACGGCGGACCUGGUGGGCGCCACCACGGAUGCGUCGGCCUUCGUGUACGGCUUGAUGAGCUUCACGGACAAGCUGUCUUGCGGCGCUGCCAUUGCGCUUAUACAGAUGUACGCGGACGAGGCUGGCGUUUCCUACUACCGCUAUGUGCUGUCGUUCGUGUGCGGCGCCGCGGCUGCGCUCGGCCUCGCGCUCACGCUCGCCUUGCCCAGCGUCACGCACGACUCCCUGCUACUGACCAUCAACCCAUCAGUAAAUGACGACGAAGUUGUUGCAGCAUCACCGCGUAUAUUGGAGAGUUAGCAAAUUUUGUAAAUAAUUAUUUAGAUAAGUAGGGAAAGGAAAACAUUCCUCAGACAAAUAGUUCAAUGGUUAAAGUGCUAAUUCAAAAGUUUCAUUGUUUCGAAUCUGAUACAUUAGAUUUUUGUCAUACUUAGCAAAAGCUGCAACGGAAUGAAGGAUAAAAAGGAUUUAGUACAUCUGUAACAUGUUUAAGAAUAGAAAAAGACAUUCAACUUUUAAAAAUAUAGUUUUAAAAAUAAUAAAUGUGAUUUUUUUUCAGUAUAGAAUAGAGUAGAAGUACCUAUAUAAAUAGAAUUUUAUGCAAUAAAAAUAUUAUAAUCUCUUAAUUGUGCAAUAUAAUUAUAUAAAUAUUGUUUCGUUUUAAUAAUAUGUUGUUGCAAGUUAAAAAUGUUUAUGUCAAUAGUUAUAAGUAGAGAAGAAUAAUAAUAUAAUUAGGCUCAUACAUAAUGUAUUAUUCGUUAUACAAAUUAUACGUAAACAAGUUUCUAUACUUCUUGGUAUUUUUAUGUCCAUAUAGGCUAGGCAGUAUACAGGUGUUUUUUUUUUAACUGGGACAGUAUGGGGAAAUAAAUAACCAAAGGAGGUACAGGGAAACUGUCUUAGGAAACUAGGUCUUUUUUUAAAAUCAAUUUUGGCAUAGUCAUUUUUUGGUCAAGCGUGAGUUGUCCAUAAAAAUCAAUGAAAUUUACUAAUUUUUUAUUGAUGCUAAGUCCGUAUCUCUUAUGAUCUCGGAUUUCCUCAUACUGUCCCAGUUAAAAAAACACUAUAUUAUGACAACUAUACAUACAUAGGUCAUACGAGUAGGAACCUACUAUAUGUUAUAAUGAGUACUAAAGCAUAUCACAUACUGACCUCUACUUCAAGUACACUGGCCUUGCUAUUGCCAACCUGUUUUUGAACUAAUUCGAUUAUCGCCAUUUUGGCGCUGACAGCUGCAGUAGUAGGGGACUAAAUGUUAGUGAUGAGACUGCACCAUCACUUACCACCAUGUGAGAUUGCAGUCAAGGGCUAACUUGUAUUUGAAUAAAAUAUAAUAGACAUCUAUUAACAGUGUCAGUAUAAAAUAACUCAUUUUGUAAGGCACACCUUAUUCAGUGUACUAGUAUUUAAUACCUGUAUCUGUGAUAUCAAGGGAAUAAAGCAGCUAACAGUUGAAUGUAGCAUGUACUUAUUGCAAUUCUUAUGCUCAAGAAAUAAUAUUAUGAGAUUAAUAACACUUUAAGCUUUAU